AUGGCGUAUGUGGACCACGCGUUCUCGAUUUCCGACGAAGACGUAAUGAUGGGGACAUCGUACACGGUGAACAACCGACCGCCGAUCAAGGAGAUCGCUCUCGCAGUCUCUCUCCUGGUUUUUGGAACCCUAGCCAUCAUCCUGGGCAUUUUCAUGGCCUUCAACAGAGUCGGCGGUGACAGAGCUCACGGGCUAUUCUUUGCGAUAUUGGGAGGAAUUUUGUUCCUUCCGGGGUUUUACUAUACCCGGAUUGCGUACUACGCCUACAAGGGUUACAAGGGUUUCUCUUUCUCCAACAUACCUGCUGUGUAA